UCUCUUUACGACUAGCACACACUCUGUACAAACACCACCCUAACCUAUCAUGUAUCCAAAAGCACAUCGCAUCCACAAAGAGCACUGGUUUAUCGAGCGCAUCAUCAACGAGUCGCACAGGCACUACUACGACGCACGCGAGCAUAACGACAACUGGCGGUACCUGCGCCAAGUCCAGCCGCUGGGCGCCGUGUGUAGCGCCUGGCGGCCUGCGGUUCUCAAAUAUCUGCGAGCCAAACUGAUCGUGCAGAUCCAAGACCAGCCGUUCCGGAAGGCCGCGCGCACCCACAGCUUCAUGCGCAAACUCCGAGCCUCGAAGGUGCAGCAAAGCUCGUUUGGUAGCGUGCCAUUUGGCAGCACCAGCUUCCACUACCACACCAACAUUCACAUCCUGCCGGACUCGAUGCAGACAGUCAAUGAGAUUGUCUUGCAUGUGGACGAUAAGACCACGGAUAAGCAUGUCAUUGGGUGUCUGCAGGCGCUGGCCUUCAGUAUGCACAGCUGGAUAACUGUCAAAGCGCUGACAAUCUCGGUGGUGCAGUUUCCGCGGUCGAAUUUCUACGAAGAGUUCAAUUUGAAGCCCAUGGAGGGCGUGAUGGCAUAUGUGAUGCGGCAUGCGCCAAACAUCGAGGCGGUGCGGCAGAUUGACUUUAACUCGCAGGUAAGGUGCGAUUUCCCGGCACUGAUAUUCCCCGAGCUCACAGUGCUGUGUCUGCGCGAAGUUGUACCGCCGGCCAGCGGCCGGUCGCUGCCAGUCAUCUACGCAAACUCGUUGCGGAAGCUGACGCUGUACCAUAUCCAGCCAGAGCUCCUGUACGAUCUAUUCCACGACAUCUCCAGCGAGGACUACACAGAGUUCACGUACCUGGAGUCGCUGACGCUCGACCUGCAUUCGGCAAGCCCCGAAGGACGACAACGAGGCAGAGGAGCUUGCUGUCUGUUCUUCCCGCAACUGAGGACCCUGAACUUGGCAAACUACGGGCACGAUAUUCGGAGGCUGCUGAAAUCAUUCUAUGCAGGCUCCAAUUACACAGAUCACUUUCUCUGGAAACACCAGCCACUAGUCCUCGGCAGCAUGAUUGGACCAUUCACUGUGAUCCGGUCCAUCAAUCUCACUGGUGGACUGUUUGGCAGCGUCACUCUGCCUGAGCUGCUUGGCUGCACGUGGCUGCAGAAGCUCGACAUUGACGUACAGCUGACGUUUUCGCAGCUGUGCUUUAUGCUGCAGCGCCUGCCAACAAUCAUCUGGCUUGACUCCGAGGUACGUUUCAUUGCGUUCCACGAGGUGCAAGAGCGCAUUCUGGAAAUCAACGAUCCGUUCAGCCGUACCCUGCAGUCGCUGGAGCUUUACUCGUAUGUCCAGCAGAUUAGCGGCGACUACUGCAACUGGAACACUGCCAAGUUCAUCCUGCUUGCUGCAUGGCCUGGAUAUGACGCUGAGGCACUAAAGACGCUUGUUGGGCGAAUUAUGAUCUCUGAGCGGAUGCAGGUCAAGUCCCCACACAUGAACAAACUGAGGUUGAUGAACGAGCAGACCACAACCAGAAAAUAGACAUGUUGCCAAUUGAUCAUCGCCACGCAAUAAACACGCUGAAACUG